AUGCGCACUGGCAUCCUUGGCGACAGCACAUCCCUCGAACGGCUAGUCGGCGUGCCCAAGCAGCUGCAGGUCUUGCGACACGACGGGCACAUCAACUGGGUCGAGACCGCUGCCAUGGCGGCAGCCGAGGGGGGACACCACCGCCACGGCGCCGUAUUCACGUCCACCCUGCUUGACAACAACAGAGAGCUUCUCCGCGUGGCUUCGGGGGCGGCUUCGACCGAAGAAGGAGACCACCUGGACUUGGACCUCAUCGUUUUCAGCUUCGCCGCCGCCGACCGGUGCUCUCUGGAGGACCGCAACUUCAAGGCCGCCUUCCAGUGGGCCGACGCUUACUUCCGAGCCCGCAACAAACCCGCGCAGGUGGGCGUGCUGCUGGUCGACUACGCAGUCAACAAGCCCGCCGGACCCGCACGGGUGGACGACGACAGGAUCAUCGGCCUCGUUGCCGGCGAUCCCUACCUCGAGGCACUCAUGCGCGCCCGUCGCAUUGUUCGGUGGAACGCCACCACCCCGGCCCUGGACGAUCACGAUCAUCACGACGGGCUACCCGACCUGUCCGACGACCUGGCGCGAGUGUUGGCCGACUUCUGCCGAAGGCCGGUCGUGUCACUUCAGGCGGCGUCGGGGUCAUCGCUCCGCGGCGGCAGCGGAGGCGCCAGGGCGGGCGGCGAUCGGUUCGUCAACGGCCUCCUAGUGUGCUCGCUUGCGGUGCUGGUGGCCCUGCUUGUGCUCCACCUGUCGCCCUCGCUUCAGGCCCUGGCCGCAGGCGCGUUGCUGCCCGAGAGCGCGGCCGAGCUGACCCGGCUCAGGCUCGAGAACGGUGCGCAGGAGGCGAUGACGGUCGGGUUGCAGAAGGACAACGAGCUCUUGAAAGAGAUCAACGCCCGGCAGAAGAAGCAUAACGACGAACUGACGAAGGACGUGACGGACCUGAAGCACCGCAACACACGCCUGCAGGCGCAAGUCGACCAGUUGACCGCAGCCCAGCUGGCCGCCACCCAGACGCUGACUGACCGGACCCUGGUCAUCAGCUCCCUGUGCCAGGGGUGCUGCCAGGGCGAAACCGCCGUCGGCGGGUCCAUGUGCCGGCUCUGCUCGUCCGCGCCAGCAGCAUAA